AUGACAAUAACUGCAGUUCCAGUUAUAAAAAAUGGCUGCCUCAUGGUACGCGGCAAGGUUGUUUUGACCGGAGUACCGGAAAAUGUCGUCAUUUCUCCGGUGGGUUCGAAGGCCGCUUUUCUCGGAGCAAGUUCGACAGUUUCAAGUUCUCAACAUGUUUUUAAUCUUGGAAUUCUCGAGAAUUAUAAGUUAAUGUGUCUGUUCAUAGCCAAGAUCUGGUGGAUGAUUCCACGUGUCGGAAAAUCAGCCAGUGAUAUCCCUAUGGAGACUCAAAUGCUUCUCUUGGAAGCAGGAGAAGAUUCAGUACUUGAUGUUGAUGAUGAAACUUCUGCGGAGGCAACAACUCCAGAAAAUAAAUUUUACAUUCUUGUAUUGCCUAUACUGGAUGGACUGUUUAGGACAACAUUGCAAGGGACACCAUCAAAUGAGCUUCAGUUCUGCUAUGAAAGUGGUGAUCCUGAUGUCCAAACUUCUCAAGCAUUAGAGGGAGUUUUCAUCAGCUCAGGGGACAACCCAUUUGAACUGAUCAAGGAUUCAAUUAAGAUAUUGGCCAAGCUCAAGGGUACAUUUUCUCACCUUGAAAACAAAAAGGCCCCUGCUCAUUUAGAUUGGUUUGGAUGGUGUACAUGGGAUGCUUUCUACACUGAAGUUGAUCCAAACGGAAUCAAAGAGGGUCUUCAAAGUUUUAAAGAAGGUGGGAUUCCCCCUAAAUUCCUGAUCAUAGAUGAUGGAUGGCAAGAAACAGCAAAUGAAUUUCAAAAGGAAGGCCAACCUCGUGUUGAAGGAACCCAAUUUGCCACCAGAUUAACAGAUAUCAAGGAAAACAGCAAGUUCAAGGGCUCGGAAUCAGACGGUUCAUCUACUAAUCUCAAAGAGUUUGUCCACACAAUCAAAGAGAACUAUGGCUUAAAAUAUGUUUAUAUGUGGCAUGCUUUAGCUGGAUACUGGGGAGGUGUUUCUCCUUCUUCUGAAGCACUAAAGAAGUACAAUCCUAAGCUUGCUUAUCCAGUUCAAUCGCCAGGAAAUAUUGGGAAUGUUAGAGACAUAGCCAUGGACAGUUUGGAGAAGUAUGGAGUUGGAGUAAUAGACCCUCAUAAGUUGUAUGACUUCUACAAUGACCUCCAUAGCUACCUUGCCGAUAGUGGAGUUGAUGGUGUCAAGGUUGAUGUCCAGAACUUAAUACAAACCUUAGGUUUGGGAUAUGGUGGUCGAGUUUCAAUUAGUAAACAGUACCAUGAAGCUCUUGAUGAAUCUAUAGAGAAGAACUUCAGAGAAAAUAACUUAAUUUGUUGCAUGUGUCACAAUUCAGACAACAUUUUUAGUUCAAAGAAGAGUGCAACAGCUAGAGCCUCAGAGGAUUUCAUGCCUAAUGAACCAACAUUUCAGACUCUACAUAUUGCAUCAGUGUCUUUCAACAGCCUUCUUAUGGGGGAAACUGUCGUGCCCGACUGGGAUAUGUUCCAUAGCAACCACAGUACUGCAGAGUUUCAUGGAGCAGCAAGAGCACUGGGAGGAUGUCCAGUGUAUGUUAGUGACAAGCCAGGCAAACACGACUUCAAGAUCCUCAAGAAACUUGUUCUUUCUGAUGGAACCAUCUUAAGAGCUAAAUAUGCUGGCCGACCUACUCGAGAUUGCCUAUUUGUAGAUCCAGUCAUGGACGGCAAGAGCUUGAUGAAGAUAUGGAACUUGAAUAAGCUAAACGGAGUAAUAGGGGCUUUCAACUGCCAGGGUGCAGGAUGUUGGCCGAUGAAAGAAGCUCCUGAAUCCAGUCCAAACUCAACAUUAAAUGCUGUACAAAUUACGGGCCAUGUCACUCCUCUUGAUGUUGAAUUCCUUGAAGAGAUUGCAGGGGAAACGUGGAAUGGAGACUGUGCAAUAUUUGCAUUCAAUACAGGAUCUCUUUCCAGGGUGCCAAGGAACAAAAACAUUCAAGUGUCUCUAGGUGUAUUAGAAUGCGAAAUUUUUACUAUCUCCCCAAUCGAGGAGAUCAAUGAAAACCUUCAUUUUGCACCUAUCGGAUUAAUGGACAUGUACAACUCGGGGGGAGCAAUUGAAGAGUUCAGCUUUAAGGAGACAAUAACAAUCAAAGCAAGAGGUUCUGGACGAUUUGGAUCAUAUUCAAGUACAAAACCUAGUAGUUGCAAGGUGGAUAUGAAGGAGGAGGAGUUCACCUAUAAUCCUGCAGAUGGAUUAUUGACCAUAAAUCUUCAAGGUGACGGCAGCCUAAGAGAUAUAGAAAUUGUAUAUUAA